GUUAAAGAGAUUCUUAUUGAGGAGUCAAAUGUCCAGCCUGUGAACAGUCCUGUAACUGUUUGUGGAGAUAUCCAUGGUCAAUUUCAUGAUUUGAUGAAACUUUUCCAGACUGGUGGACAUGUUCCUGAGACAAAUUACAUCUUUAUGGGUGACUUUGUUGAUCGUGGCUAUAACAGUCUGGAAGUUUUCACUAUUCUUUUGCUUCUUAAAGCCAGAUAUCCUGCAAAUAUAACCCUUCUGCGUGGAAAUCAUGAAAGCAGGCAGCUAACACAGGUGUAUGGCUUUUAUGAUGAGUGCCAGAGGAAGUAUGGAAAUGCCAAUGCAUGGCGGUAUUGCACUGAUGUAUUUGAUUACCUAACAUUGUCGGCCAUUAUAGAUGGAACUGUUCUUUGUGUCCAUGGUGGUCUUUCUCCUGAUAUACGAACAGUUGAUCAGAUAAGGGUUAUCAACCGUGAUUGUGAAAUUCCUCAUGAGGGCCCCUUUUGUGACCUUAUGUGGAGUGACCCAGAGGAUAUUGAAACAUGGGCUGUCAGUCCUCGUGGUGCAGGUUGGCUUUUCGGAUCCAGGGUGACAUCAGAGUUCAAUCACAUAAACAAUCUUGAUCUUGUUUGUCGGGCACACCAACUUGUCCAGGAAGGUUUGAAGUACAUGUUUCAAGACAAGGGCCUUGUAACUGUGUGGUCUGCUCCUAAUUAUUGUUACAGAUGUGGGAAUGUAGCUUCAAUAUUGAGCUUCAAUGAGAAUAUGGAGAGAGAGGUGAAGUUCUUCACAGAAACUGAAGAGAAUAAUCAAAUGAGAGGGCCCAGGACUGGAGUCCCAUACUUUUUAUGAAGGUGGUGUUUUGGUCGACCCGUUUUCAGCAUCACAGAUUCCUGCCUUCACCUGUAAAUUUUUGCUGCAAAAGUUAGAAGUUCUUCAUGUGUGGAAGGUUAACGGCAUGAUCUGAUGGAGCCUUUAGAGACUUUGCAAAACGAUCCUACUACGUGCUGGCUGCUUUGUGGUUUUGCUUCAGAUUAUUAAUUUCUGUUGUAUGUUAUGAUUCUUGUCACCAUGACGUUGUUUUAUUGUUUUUUCUAAAGGUUAGACACUGAGUCUUUCAUUGGGAGGUUGGGAGGACAAUUUAGGGCUUUAAAGAGGAGGCUGAGAGCUUCAACCGUAAAUCUGCAGUAAUUUCAGCCAAGGCCCAAGGAGGAUGGCUUGGGUUACAUUACUCCCAGACCUCUGAUUUCUAGAUUCAUUCAUGUUGCAGACAAUCUGACAGUUUUGUUAACUCAAGUUUUCAUGUAGAGCAAUUUGAAGAAGGACAAACACACAAGUCCAUAACUUUUUUUUUUUGUCAGCAAUGGAGUCUUUUGUCCC